CAUAAAGUUUGAUUACAAAAUUUGUAAUUAAAGCAAAUAAUAUCGUUUUAAGAAAAAGAAAAAACACAGCAGUCAACAAUUGGAUGGCAGAAUCGUAAAUUAAGUAACAAUUGAUCGGUGACUAAAAAAAAAUGCGAAACCAAAGUCACGUUAAGACUCGGCACUUUGCUGAGAGAUUCUUCAACGACUCCAAAAUUUUCUUCUCCUUCCCUGAUAAAAUCUCGUGUUUUUACGAGUACCCAUUUCUUGAUUCCUUCAGAAAACUGCUUUUUUUUGUUGAUCUGGAAAUUUGUAUCGACGAUCUGAAGUCAAAGGUCGAGUCUUUGUCUUUGUUGUUGAUUUUGUUUCAAUUCGUGUUGCAGCUGAUUUGAAUAGUGUAAAGGAAGCACCUUUUUUGCAGAGGCUAAGUGGGUUUUAGAGUCUUGGGUUGUUUGGUGUAGAUUUUGAGAUUUGGUUCAGUUUUAGUAACUGUGGUGAUGGCAAAUCUUUGGAAGAAGCAGAGAUUGAGAGAUACAGGUUUAUGUCGUUUAGGGAUUCUAUUUGCUGUUACUUUGUCUAUAGUUCUGAUGUUGGUGUCUGUACCUAGAACUGCUUUGAAUGGUUCUUCUAUUGACGAUGAUUUGGAUGGUUUAGAUAAAGAUUUGGAAGCUAAGCUUAAUGCUUCAUUGCUAAGUGUAGCUAGAGGUAAUAGAAUGUCUCUAAGGUUGCAUAGAAGGAACCAUUUUUCGCCUAGAAAUACGGAUCUGUUCCCGGAUUUGGCAAAAGAUCGUGUGGUUAUCGUCUUGUAUGUGCAUAAUCGGGCUCAGUAUUUUCGAGUCACAGUGGAAAGUUUGUCGAAGGUUAAAGGUAUAAGUGAGACAUUGUUGAUUGUUAGUCAUGAUGGUUACUUUGAAGAGAUGAAUAGGAUUGUGGAGAGUAUUAAGUUUUGUCAAGUGAAACAGAUUUUCUCGCCUUAUUCGCCUCAUAUAUAUCGUACUAGCUUCCCGGGUGUGACCCUGAAUGAUUGUAAGAACAAGGGUGAUGAGGCAAAGGGGCAUUGUGAAGGUAAUCCUGAUCAGUAUGGGAAUCAUCGGUCUCCGAAGAUUGUAUCUUUGAAGCAUCACUGGUGGUGGAUGAUGAACACUGUAUGGGAUGGGUUGGAAGAGACUAAAGGACAUGAGGGGCAUAUCCUUUUCAUUGAAGAAGAUCAUUUUCUGUUUCCUAAUGCCUAUCGUAACAUACAGACUCUUACGAGGCUGAAACCCGCAAAGUGUCCUGACUGUUUUGCUGCUAAUUUAGCACCGUCUGAUGUGAAGUCAAGAGGAGAAGGGCUUGAAAGUUUGGUUGCAGAGAGAAUGGGAAAUGUUGGGUAUUCUUUUAAUAGAAGUGUGUGGGAGAAUAUUCAUCAGAAGGCAAGAGAGUUUUGUUUCUUUGAUGAUUACAACUGGGAUAUAACGAUGUGGGCAACGGUUUUCCCGUCGUUUGGUUCCCCGGUGUACACAUUGCGAGGGCCUAGGACUAGUGCGGUACACUUUGGAAAAUGUGGGUUGCAUCAAGGUAGAGGAGAUGAGGGUGAUUGCAUCGAUAAUGGGGUCGUAAACAUAGAAGUUAAGGAAACAGAUAAAGUUGUGAACAUAAAAGAAGGAUGGGGAGUUCGGGUGUAUAAGCAUCAAGCGGGUUAUAAAGCCGGUUUCGAAGGUUGGGGAGGUUGGGGCGAUGAUAGGGACCGACAUUUAUGUUUGGAUUUUGCCACUAUGUAUCGUUACAGCAGUAGCAGUGCAUCUCCAUGAAACUUUAGAGACUUCCAAGUAAAGGUGGUAAUAUAAUUGAGGGAUUGCUUUCUUGUUAUGUGCUUAGUGACUCAAUUAGCUUGUUGUAUUUUUGAUUGUUAUAUCUUGUUUGUAUCACCUGAAGUAUUUCACUUUCUAUACGAGCUUUUACCGCCU